AUGUCUUUUCCUACCGUCGACACCAACGACGCAAGCAAGCCUGCCACGAGUGAAAUUGGACUCAAGACGUUCGAUAUGACUUCAACGAGGCACCCAAACCCUGCGACAAAUUGUGGUGAGUCCACCGUGGAUGGGAUAUCACCACAGGGAGUUAUGAGUCCUUUGCCUAUCGCAAUAUGUGGAAUGUCGGUUCGCCUCCCUGGAGGAAUCCAUACACCCCAGGAUUUAUGGGAGUUUCUCGUCUCCAAAAGUGAUGCACGUGGCCCUGUUCCGAAGUCAAGAUACAAUGCAUCUGCCUACUUUUCUGAAACGACCAAGCCCGGCUGUGUUAAAGCCCAACAUGGGUACUUUCUUGAUGAGAGCAUUGAUAUUUCCACGGUAGAUACUUCCUUCUUUCAUAUGGGAAAGGCCGAGGUUGAGCGAACAGAUCCUCAUCAGCGUCAAAUGUUAGAAGUCGUCAGGGAGUGUAUUGAAGAUGCCGGUGAAACCAAGUGGAAAGGUCGACCAAUUGGUUGUUACAUGGGCAGUUUCGGAGAGGAUUGGACAGAGAUGUUUGCAAAGGAAAACCAGCAGUAUGGUCUGCACCGAGUCAGUGGCUAUGGUGAUUUUGUUUUAGCCAACCGAGUCUCGUAUGAGAUGGACUUCACUGGGCCAAGCAUGGUUAUCCGUACAGCAUGUUCUUCAUCCCUUGUGGCUCUACACGAGGCAUGCGUGGCAAUCGGGAGAGGCGAUUGCGAAUCCGCGGUAGUUGGGGGAGCCAACUUGAUACUUGGGCCGGGUAUGACCGCGGCGAUGUCCGAACAAGGUGUUUUGUCACCAGAUGGGUCAUGCAACACAUUUUCCGCCAAUGCCAAUGGCUAUGCUAGAGGCGAGGCCGUUUCAGCAGUAUUCAUAAAGCCCCUUUCUGCUGCUAUUCAAGAUGGAAACCCGAUUCGAGCCGUUAUUCGAAGCACUGCCUCCAACAGCGAUGGGAAAGGAAGCGGUGGCAUGCAGGCCCCAAAUGAUGUCGCCCAGGAAGCAAUGAUCAGGCGAGCAUAUGAACUGGCAGGGAUCACAGAUUAUUCUCAGACAGCAUUUGUCGAAUGCCAUGGAACAGGGACUUCUAUUGGCGAUCCGACAGAAGCGAGAGCAGUCGGUCGUGUCUUCGGCCCACACGGAGGCAUCCAUAUAGGAUCUGUCAAACCUAAUCUUGGACAUUCCGAAGGUGCCUCUGGUCUGACAUCCGUUAUAAAGUCUAUCUUAGCACUGGAAAACAGUAUUAUUCCGCCAAACAUCAAGUUUAGCCAGCCAAAUCCUGACAUCCCGUGGGAUGAGUGCAAGCUGUCCGUUCCCACAGAGCCAACACCGUGGCCAAAGUCCCGAGUCGAGCGUAUCAGCAUCAAUUCUUUCGGAAUUGGAGGCACUAAUGCACAUAUUAUUCUUGACUCCGCGAAAAGCUUUGGUAUUGCAGCUGCUCCAGACAGACCUCUGACGUCACCACAACUACUUGUUCUUUCCGGCACUAAUGUUGACGCGGUGAAGAGGAGCAUUACACUCUACAAGGACUACGUGCUGGAAAAUCCUUCCAAGGUACAUGACCUGGCAUUCACAUUGGCUAUGAGAAGAGAACAUCUAUCACAUCGGGCGUAUGCAGUGGUUAAUCUAUUUGGCGGCGUGACAGCAUCGGUGCCAUUCAAAUCUUCCAAAUCACCUCAAAUCGCGAUGAUAUUUACCGGCCAAGGGGCCCAGUGGCCUGAAAUGGGCCGCUGUCUCAUUUUGGAUGACAAAUUUCCAAUAUUUCGCAGGACUAUACAGUCGCUGGACCGUCAUCUUCAAGCCAUAUCCCCGAACCUAUCAUGGUCCAUCGAGGAAGAAUUGCAGAAGCCCGCCAAACAUAGUAGACUUCUUUCAGCUGAGCUAUCUCAACCCAUCUGUACUGCAAUUCAAAUUGCUCUUGUUGACACCAUGACAUCCUUCGAUAUCCAUGCCUCAGCCGUUGUCGGUCAUUCCAGUGGCGAGAUUGCUGCGGCAUAUGCCGCUGGUGCCCUUGAGGCAAAUGAUGCGAUGGAGAUAGCAUUCUACCGCGGGCAGGCUACCCUAAUGCAGACCAAGUCUGGUUCGAUGGCAGUGGUAGGCAUAGGAUAUAAUGGUAUACAAGAUCAUCUACGGCCAGGUGUCACUGUUGCAUGUCAGAAUUCCCCCAGAAGCAUUACCAUCUCUGGAGAUACGGACGCAGUCGAGGCAACAAUUUCCAACAUCAAAAACGCGCACCCUGACAUUUUGGCAAGGAAGUUGAAAGUUAAUAAGGCAUACCACUCUCCACAUAUGGCUGAGAUCGGUCCUUCCUACCAUAGUCUCAUCAAAAGACUAUCCUGCGGACCCCCAAAGAAACUGUUUUUCAGCAGCGUUGAGAGCGGCAAGCUUAUCCAGGAUGCGACGCUAGGCCCCGAAUACUGGCAGAGAAACCUCGAGUCGCCAGUUCUCUUUCACGCGGCCGUGUCAUCCCUACUAAAGCAUGAAGUCUCUGAGAAUAUGAUCCUUGUUGAGGUCGGCCCACAUGCGGCUCUCGAGGGUCCCUUGCGGCAGAUCCAAGCUGAAACUUCAAACACAUCAGCCUAUGCUUCGGUCCUCCUUCGAGGCCAGAAUGAUGUGGAAAGUCUUUUGGCGAUGGUUGGCAAAGUUCAUUCUCUUGGCUAUUCUGUCAAUCUGGAAGAGACAGUGUCCGAAGGCCUCACUCUUCCUGACCUCCCGAGGUAUCCUUGGGACCAUACUCAAAGCUUCUGGUAUGAGUCAAGGUUGACUAAGGAAUGGAGACAUCGUCGGUACAAGCACCAUGACCUUCUAGGUGUUAGAGUCGCUGAAAGUACUGAGUUUGAUGUGCUUUUCCGCAACCUUUUCCAUCUUGAAAAUGCACCAUGGAUGCGUGACCACCAAGUGGGCGGUGACAUUGUGUUUCCAUUCGCGGGUUACGCAGAGAUGAUAGGAGAGGCACUAUCUCAACUGUCUGGUGUCCCUGACGCAUUUCGUUUGCGUCAUGUUGUCAUUAGUACCGCUCUUGUUCUGAAAGAUAAUCAUCCAACAGAGAUAAUGACAACGAUUCGUCGUCGCCGUUUGACACACAAUCUUGACAGUGAUUGGUGGGAAUUUACCAUUUCUUCAUAUAAUGGAUCCACAUGGACAAAACAUUGUUUUGGGGAAGCUCGAUCACAAGUUGAAGAUUUAAUCGUUGGUGAAGAGCCAAAGUACCUAGUACGGAAGGUUACAACUCGUCGCUGCUAUGAUGCCAUGGCAAGGGCUGGCCUCAACUACGGUCCCUCCUUCCAACGGCUAGAUCAUGUCCGCGCUGACACAGGUAGCCAGGUGGCCACGUCGAAGGUUAAGAGCAGGCAAACAGAUAGCAGAUAUUAUCGACUACAUCCAUCGAUCAUUGAUGCCUCCUUACAGCUACUCAGCGUCGCGGUUACGAAGGGCUAUAUGAACACCACAGGAAGGAUGAUGGUUCCAACAAGCAUCGAGGAUAUUUGCAUCUCCCGUUGUCAUCAAGAUAUUCAUAUCCGAGCAUCUGCAAACUAUUCUCCAAGCGGCUGCGUAUUGGGAUCUGGAGAGUGUGUGACGAGCGAAGGAAAGGUUGUUCUACGGGCCUCUGGUAUAAAGCUAUCAUGUGUGGAUGAUAGUGUCACAGAGGAAAGCCCAAGCGGCUUCUCUCGGGCAAGAUGGGCACCACAUCUUGACUUUCUCGAUGUGCAGUCAUUGAUCAAGCCUGUGUCUGAUAACAGCACGCAAAUGCGCAUAUUAACAGAGCUAUCGAAUAUUUGCAUGGUUUACACAAAACGUGUACUCGUGAACCUCGAAAGCCCUCUUUGUCACUUGAAAAAGUAUCGUUCAUGGAUCGUUCGCCAACUUGAACUCUCUGAUCUCCAACAUCUCCACUGUCUAGAUAACGAUUCAAUCAGAGUUCGAGUUAGACAAAUUGUUGCCGAGCUAUCAGAAACCAGUGCCAAAAGCCCAGCCAUCGCGAUUCAAAAGAUCUUUGAGCACAUUGAGAAGAUUUUUAUGGGAGCUAUUGAUGGCCUCGACUUACUCCUUUCUGAAAACACAUUGAUUGAUCUUUAUGCCCUAGUAGAUCAAUGCGAUGAGUCACAAUUCUUCGAACAUCUCAUUCACACAAGACCAAAUCUUCGUGUCCUUGAGAUCGGCGCUGGAACGGGCGGAUCCACUGCUAAUAUACUGAAGCUCCUGACCCCUGGAAAUCGGAGGCAUUACUCGAAGUAUACUUUCACUGACAUCUCUUCCGGCUUCUUCUCUGCCGCGAAAGAGCGUUUUGGGAUGUAUGCAAACAUUGAGUACACAACUCUGGAUAUCAGCAAAGAUCCCUGUGAUCAAGGGUUCCAAAAUUCCGAGUACGACCUCAUCGUCGCAACCAAUGUGAUACAUGCAACCCCGUCUCUCAAUGAAUCCUUGCGCAAUGUGCGAACAUUGCUUGCCCCAAAUGGCCGUUUGCUUUUGCACGAACUCACCCCAAGCUCGAAAUGGGUCAACUAUAUAUGGGGUAUUCUUCCUGGCUGGUGGUAUGGGGAGGGUGAUUCACGAGUUCAUGAACCAUAUGUUGAUCUCAAGCGAUGGGAGUCCGAACUACAGGCUGCCGGGUUUCGUUCCCCUGAUGCGGCGGUUCUCGACUCUCCAGAACCGUAUCAUGUAGGAUCGGCAAUUGUAGCCAGACCAACGCUUGAUGUUAUUCCGAUCAAGAGGGUCACCCUCCUCACGCUGUCUAAGUCGAAGAAUGUCGACCUACUAACACAAGGGCUCGAGCAUAGGGGUUAUACGGUUUACCCUCGUGGGCUGUAUGAUAUGCCUCUACCUCCUGGACAAGACGUGAUUGCGAUGAUUGACGAUGAAGCUCCCUUCUUCGAAGAUCUUGAUGAUGAGAAAUUUGGUGGAUUCAAAUCUUUGAUUGAAAACCUGAGGGACCGCGGACUACUUUGGGUUACUGGCCUCUCCCAAAUUCAAUGUCGAGACCCGAAGUUUGCCCAGAUUAAUGGGACUGCGAGGUCGUUGCGGUCAGAAAUGUUGAUUGAUAUUGCUACCUGUGAGGUCGACGACGUCCCCCAAUCGAUCGGCAAAAUUGUUGAUGUUUUCGAGAGCUUCCAAGUUCGACAUGAAGAAGAGUUUGUCAAGCCCGAGUUUGAGUACGCAAUCGUGAGCAACACUGUUCAUGUUGGGCGUUACCAUUCUUUCCCAGCUCAGGAUGAGAUCCUAGCCUCAAGGGUUAGCGACAGUAUAGGUCUUCAGACCAGCAAAGUCGGUCGUCUGUCCGCUCUGCACUGGGCCGAGCAAGAAAUACACUCGCCGAAGGCAAGAGAAGUAGAAAUUGACAUACACGCGACUGGCUUGAACUUCAAGGACGUUUUAUGUGCUAUGGGAAUUGUCGAAACCCAAGAAAAUGGAUUUGGCCUCGAGGCCUCUGGGAUAGUUCGUCGCAUUGGCCAAAAAGUUCAAGAUCUUAGACCUGGCGACCGCGUCAUGAUUCUUUCUUCCUGUUCAUUUGGGUCUAGGGUUGUGGUCCCCGAGGACGUCUGUGAAAAGAUUCCUGGUGGCCUCAGCUUCGAGGAUGCCGCCACUAUGCCUUGUGUGUUUGCCACAGCCCUCUACUCCAUAUUCGACGUCGGGAAUUUGCAAAAGGGCCAGAUGAUUGGUGCAGAAAUAUUCACUACAGUUGGAAACGAUGAGAAGGUAAAUUUUCUAAUGCAAAAUUUCGGAUUGCCACGCAACAGAAUUUUCACUUCUCGCGAUACAUCUUUCGUGAACGACAUCAUGAGAGAGACAAAUGGCGACGGUGUCGAUUUAGCACUCAAUUCGCUGUCAGGAGAAUUGUUGCACGCGACAUGGACUUGCAUUGCAGAGUUCGGAAGGAUGAUCGAGAUAAGCAAACGAGACUUGAUGGGCUUGGGAAAGCUUGAUAUGAGACCUUUUCUUGCCAAUAGAAGCUAUUGCUGCAUUGACCUCGACCAAAUUUGUCGAAAGCGAUCGAGAAUCAUAAAGAGACUACUCCGAGAGAUCGUCCAUCUAGUCAAAGAACGUUAUAUACAUCCAAUAAGGCCCAUCAAAAAAUUUCCUGCCAAUGCGAUACUCGAUGCGUUCCGCUACAUGCAGCAAGGUGUUCAUCUUGGCAAGAUCGUUGUAUCAAUCCGAGACAAUAAGGGUGAACUAGGUCUUGGUGAGGGUAUCCAGCCCCGGAGAGCAGAUACUAAUUUCGACAAAUCUGACGCAUUUCUGCUUGUUGGUGGCCUUGGGGGCCUAGGUCGCUCUGUAUCGACGUGGAUGAUGGAGCGAGGAGCGCGGCACUUUAUCUAUCUCUCUCCGACCGCUGGGACGAAGAAAGACCACCAAGAGUUUGGUGAAGAGCUGAUGAGCAUGGGAUGCAGGGUUUCAUUCGUCCGUGGCAGUGUUUCAAAUCUCAAGGACGUUAUAAAGGCCAUCGCGCGAUCUGAAGGCCGGCUGAAAGGAAUAUUGCAAAUGUCCAUGGCACUUGGCAAUCAAACCUUUCCUCGGAUGUCACUUCACGAAUGGAAUACAGCCGUGGACCCGAAAGUUCGAGGGACUUGGAAUUUGCAUCACGCAUCCAUUGCUGCUCAAGCAGAACUUGACUUCUUCGUUCUAUUUAGCUCGAUCUCUGGUAUAUGUGGUCAGCCUGGCCAGACAAAUUAUGCCGGUGCAAACACUUUCUUGGAUGCUUUCGCACAAUACCGGCUAGGGUUGGGACUACCAGCUUGUGCAAUAGAAAUUGGUGCCGUGGAAGAGGUUGGCUUUCUCGCAGAGCACGAGGAUAUCAAGCAAAAACUCCAGGCCGCCGGUUCCUUACCUGCUCCAAUCUCGGAAUCGGAACUCCUUCUUGGCUUGGAACUGGCGAUGAAAUCCAAAAAGUCAAGGUCCCCAAAUACCGCCAACAACAUUUGCCUUGGGCUUCGAACUAACAUACCUCUCCAUGAUCCCAACAAUCGCUUGAUCUGGAGGAAGGAUGUCCGCAUGGCCAUAUUCCACAAUACCGGUGCCUAUGAGGUAUCUUCGGCGGGCUCCAUCAAUGACGCCCUCAAAUCAUUUAUCGUGGCAGCUAAAUCAGACCCAGCCCUUCUUGUUGAGAGCCAUUCGGCUCAUUUCCUCGCUUCCGAGAUCGGAAAAAAAGUGUUCAGUCUCUUGCUGAAGCCGGAAGAGGACCUAGUUACUUGGUGCUCCCUUUCCGAGCUGGGCAUGGACUCCCUUGUGGCAAUAGAAGUGAGACAAUGGUGGAAAUCAAUUUUUGAGUUUGAUAUCAGUGUCCUGGAGAUGCUGGGAAUGGGCACUCUAGAUGCGCUUGGCGACCAUGCUGCUAAAGGAAUGCUUCAUUUGUUCCAUAACAUAGGAAGAUAA